AUGCAUGUGUUAAAUUCUCCGCUGAAAUACAUUGCGGGUAAUCGAUCUGGAACCAGGGAGAUUACGACGGACGAAGACUCGGGAACGAGAGAGCGAAGAGGAAAGAGCGAGUUCUGCCUGCUGGGCGCCAACUGCACGGACCUGGUCGAUGACUUCCAGUGCGCCUGUCCGCCCGGCUUUACGGGCAAACGCUGCGAGCAGAAGAUCGACCUGUGCCUGUCGGAACCCUGCAAACAUGGCACCUGCGUGGACCGACUGUUCGAUCACGAGUGCGUCUGCCAUCCCGGCUGGACGGGUGCCGCCUGCGAGGUGAAUAUCGACGACUGCGAGAACCGACCCUGCGCCACCUGUGCGGAGAUCGAUGAGUGCCUCAGCGAUCCGUGCAAUCCCGUGGGCACCGAACGCUGCCUGGAUCUGGACAACAAGUACGAGUGCGUCUGCCGCGAUGGCUUCAAGGGCAUCCUCUGCGAGACGGAUAUCGAUGACUGCGAGGCGCAGCCCUGCCUUAACAACGGCAUCUGUCGCGAUCGUGUCGGUGGCUUCGAGUGCGGCUGUGAGCCCGGAUGGAGCGGCAUGCGCUGCGAGCAGCAGGUUACGACCUGCAGCCUCCAGGCGCCAUGCCAGAACGAUGCCAGCUGCAUUGACCUGUUCCAGGACUACUUCUGUGUGUGCCCCAGCGGCACCGAUGGCAAGAACUGCGAGACCGCACCCGAACGCUGCAUCGGCGAUCCGUGCAUGCACGGCGGCAAGUGCCAGGACUUUGGCUCCGGCCUGAACUGCAGCUGUCCGGCGGAUUACUCCGGCAUUGGCUGCCAGUACGAGUACGACAAUGUGUGGACAAUGGCGCUGGCUACAGCUGCUAGUGUCCCGCGGGCUACGGGCCGCGAUUGCGAACAGGACAUUGCCGACUGCAAGGACAACUCGUGUCCGCCUGGGGCUAGCUGUGUGGACCUCACCAACGGCUUCUACUGCCAGUGCCCCUUCAACAUGACCGGCGAUGAUUGCCGCAAGGCCAUCCAAGUGGACUACGAUCUGUACUUCAGCGAUCCCUCGAGGUCUACGGCCGCCCAAGUGGUGCCCUUCGCCACGGGCGGAGCCAACAGCUUGACGGUGGCCAUGUGGGUGCAAUUCGCCCAGAAGGACGAUCCCGGCAUCUUCUUUUCGCUGUACGGAGUGGAAUCCGCACGCAUGACGCAACACCGUCGCCUCCUGCUGCAGGCCCACUCCAGUGGCGUGCAGGUCUCGCUGUUUGAGGACCAAUCCGAUGCCUUCCUGAGCUUCGGCGAGUACACCUCCGUCAACGAUGGACAGUGGCAUCAUGUGGCUGUCGUCUGGGACGGCGUCAGCGGACAGCUGCAGCUCAUCACCGAAGGAUUGAUUGCCAGCAAAAUGGAGUACGGCGCUGGAGGAGCCCUCCCUGGGUAUCUCUGGUCGGUGCUGUGUCGUCCACAGCCCUAUGGCGGCGUCAGCCAUGAGUUGGCCUACUCAGAUGCCGGCUUCCAGGGCACCGUGACCAAGACCCAGGUGUGGGCCCGCGCCCUCGACAUCACCUCCGAGAUCCAGAAGCAAGUGCGCGACUGUCGCUCGGAACCAGUACUCUAUCCCGGUCUUAUUCUCAACUGGGCCGGCUAUGAGGUCACCUCCGGGGGCGUGGAGCGGAAUGUACCCUCGCUGUGCGGACAACGCAAGUGUCCUGUGGGCUAUACCGGCGGCAAUUGCCAGCAGCUGGUUGUGGACAAGGAGCCACCAGUCGUCGAGCACUGCCCUGGCGAUCUUUGGGUCAUAGCCAAGAACGGUUCGGCCGUCGUCACCUGGGAUGAGCCACACUUCAGCGACAAUAUUGGCGUCACGAAGAUCUACGAACGCAAUGGACAUCGCUCGGGCACGACCCUCCUCUGGGGCACCUACGAUAUCACCUACAUUGCCUCCGAUGCGGCUGGCAAUACGGCUUCCUGCAGCUUUAAGGUUUCGCUGUUGACUGACUUCUGCCCUGCCUUGGCUGAUCCCGUGGGUGGCUCGCAGGUCUGCAAGGACUGGGGCGCAGGCGGACAGUUCAAGGUGUGUGAGAUUGCCUGCAAUGCUGGUCUACGCUUCUCCGAAAAAGUGCCCGAAUUCUACACCUGCGGAGCCGAGGGCUUCUGGCGUCCCACGCGCGAACCCUCGAUGCCUCUGGUCUAUCCAUCCUGCUCGCCCUCGAAGCCCGCGCAGCGUGUGUUCCGCAUCAAGAUGCUCUUCCCCUCGGAUGUGCUGUGCAACAAGGCGGGACAGGCAGUGCUGCGGCAGAAGGUGACGAACUCUGUGAAUGGAUUGAACAGGGACUGGAACUUCUGCUCGUAUGCCAUCGAGGGAACGAGCGAUGAGGAUGACGAUCUGGCAUUGACGGGUCGCCAGGGACGCCAACAAACUGGCGGUGAUACAUACACCCUGGAGAUAGCCUUCCCGGCUGUAAACGAUCCUGUGGUCCAUACAUCGACGGGCGAACGCUCGAGUGUCAAGCAGCUGUUGGAGAAACUCAUCCUCGAGGACGAUCAGUUUGCCGUGCAGGAGAUCCUGCCCAACACAGUGCCCGAUCCGGCCUCCCUGGAGCUCGGCUCGGAGUACGCCUGUCCCGUGGGUCAGGUGGUGAUGAUACCCGACUGUGUGCCCUGUGCCAUUGGCACCUACUACGACAGUGCCAACAAGACGUGUAUUGCCUGUGCGCGCGGCACCUAUCAGUCGGAGGCGGGCCAGCAGCAGUGCAGCAAGUGUCCGGUGAUUGCAGGACGUCCUGGAGUCACGGCUGGACCUGGAGCCCGGUCGGCGGCCGACUGCAAGGAACGCUGUCCGGCUGGCAAGUAUUUCGAUGCGGAGACGGGUCUGUGCCGCUCCUGUGGCCAUGGAUUCUAUCAGUCGAACGAGGGAGCCUUUGGCUGCGAUCUGUGCGGCCUCGGUCAGACCACCCGCUCCACGGAGGCGAACUCGCGCAAGGAGUGCCGCGACGAGUGCAGCUCUGGCCAGCAGCUCGGCGCCGAUGGUCGCUGCGAGCCCUGCCCGCGUGGAACCUACCGCCUGCAGGGCGUACAGCCCUCGUGCGCCGCCUGUCCCCUGGGACGCACCACACCCAAGGUGGGUGCCAGUUCCGUGGAGGCGUGCACCCUGCCUGUUUGCUCGCCCGGAACCUAUCUGAAUGCCACCCUCAAUAUGUGCAUUGAGUGCAGAAAGGGCUUCUAUCAGUUCGAGUCGCAGCAGACCGCCUGCAUCCAGUGCCCGCACAAUCACAGCACCAAGAUCACCGGCAGCACCUCCAAGAGCGAAUGCACCAAUCCCUGCGAGCACAUAGCCGAGGGCAAACCCCACAUGGCCUGCACGGAUGUGUGCGACGGCUUCUGCGAGAACUCGGGCGCCUGUGUCAAGGAUCUGAAGGGUACACCCUCUUGCCGUUGCGUCGGCUCCUUCACCGGACCCCAUUGCGCCGAGCGUUCGGAGUUUGCGUACAUCGCGGGCGGCAUUGCCGGUGCAGUGAUCUUCAUUAUCAUCAUUGUACUGCUCAUUUGGAUGAUAUGCGUGCGCUCGACGAAGCGCCGCGAUCCCAAGAAGAUGCUAACUCCUGCCAUCGAUCAAACGGGCUCGCAGGUGAACUUCUACUAUGGCGCCCACACACCCUACGCGGAGUCCAUAGCGCCCUCGCACCACAGCACCUAUGCGCACUACUACGACGACGAGGAGGAUGGCUGGGAGAUGCCCAAUUUCUACAACGAAACGUAUAUGAAGGAUGCUUUGCAUGGGGGCAAGAUGAGCACAUUGGCCAGGUCGAAUGCCUCGCUUUAUAGAACUAAAGAAGACUUAUACGAUCGACUGAAACGUCAUGCCUACACGGGCAAGAAGGAAAAGAGUGAUAGUGAUAGCGAAGUGCAGUAAACAAUAAACAACGAGAAGAAUAUGUAAUUAAAAGCUGCUUUAAUGUAAAAUGUGGUCAUAAAAAAA